CGAACCCAUAGCGCCUGCCCGUCCAGCCCGAACCCUGCUCUGGAAAAAUUACGGGCAGCAGCAACCAAAGCAAGUCAGUCUCUCUCUCACUCUCUCCCUCCCCGCUCUCUGAUUUUAUUCUUCUCUAUUAAUCUCUUCCUCCUUUUACUCCAUCAUCAUCAUCAUCAUCUCAAGAUCCGACGGUCCACAAUGAUCCUCCCCUCUCUACGCUCGUUUUAGUCCCUCCCUCCUUUCUUUUUCCCCUCAGAUCUCCCUCCUCUCUCAGAUCUCCUCCCUCCGGUUUCUAUUGUUUCAGUUUUUGUUUUGUUCCGUACAAAUGGAGAGUCACAACCACGGUCCAGUGACGGUUACGGUUAAUAAUAACGGCUCGCUAAGGUGCGCCGCGGAGGCUCUCGUGGCUCUGCUGGUGUCUACUCUCCUCAAAACUCGAGUUUUAACUGCUCAGGAUCUUUUUGGGGCUUUGAUGUGUACCAAACCUAGAAUUAAGGGGGAUGUAGAAGCCCAAGGUGCGGCGUUUGAUGCUGAUGAUGCGAAUGAUGGCAAUGGGGAUGACGAUGAGGAUGGGGACGGCGGAUUUGACGAAGGCGAAGGUGAAGAGGAAUUGUCGUCCGAGGAUGGGUAUGGCAAUAACCCCCCCAACAACAACAACAAUAACAGUAACUCGAAGAAGGCGCCUGCUGGGGAUGCGCCGGGCGGUGGAGCUGAGGAGAAUGGAGAGGAUGACGAUGAUGAAGAGGAUGGGGUCGGUGAAGACCCAGAUGAAGAUGAUGAUGACGACGACGACGAUGAUGACGAUGACGACGAUGACAACGGGGAUGAUGAAGAGGAGGAAGUUGAAGACGUGGAGAAUGAAGAGGAUGAGGAAGAUGAAGACGAGGAAGCACUUCAGCCCCCAAAGAAGAGGAAGAAGUAAAGUUUGAAAACAAAAAUGCUAGGGGCCUCCUCUUAAAAAUACUGUGUUUCUAUGUGACUUAUUCCUCUUAACUUCAUGGUUAAUAUUUUUAGCUUAUGAGGGAGGAGGCCAUAUUUAGGACCAUGCUUUUUAGCAUAAUUAUCUUAUUUUUCUUGCACGAAUUAGAGUACUGUAGAACUUCGAGCCGUGGCGUCGAUUAAGUCGGAAAAAAAAAAAUAUUGUGAUAAUUAUGAUUAUUAUUUUUAUGAUUAGCUACUUUUAAUUAGUUUCCUUA